UGCUCUGUUCCAAACUUGUGAUCUUGCAUUUCGUUCUUCACGUUUUAUUGCGUUUGUUUCAUUCCAAUUCCUUCUCGUGUUUCUGAAUAAUGCAAUGACAAAUAUGUGUCCCAAAGUCUCCGAUUCGUGGAAGAAAUGAAGCGAACCUAAAGCAUGUUUCAUGGUACCUGAAAUGAAUCUUCAAUUGAUUGGCAAGCGAAAUUUACAUCCUUCAGGAUGUUCCGUUCCGAUGGUUAAUCUGGAGUGUGGGGUGAAGAUCUUUUAUCCCCGCAGUUGCUAAUUAGCUUACUCUAAUUGAUCAUGGAAAAGUACCAGGACUGUCGUAUCUUCAUAUCAUGUAAAGGCGGGAGCAGGAGUUUACCUUUGUGUUUUUUUUCACAGACUUCAUGCAAUUGAUCAUUUUGGUCGUUCCUCCAGAAACAACUCAAUCAUGCGGCUCAACAACUUCCUCCCCCUGGUCCUUUAUCCCAUCUUCAUCACGGCCAAGAGGUGCAUAAUGCCCAAAAACUCCACCCUAAACGGAGAUGACACACCCGCCAUCCUCUCAGCCUCCUCAUCCUGCCUCACAAACUCAACUAUCGUCUUUUCAGCCGGUCAAACAUACAACCUUCUCACGCCUCUCUCGUUCACGAAUUUGAAUAAUGUGGAUUUAUUGUUUGAGGGGAAUGUUAGUUUGCCGAGUGAUGUAAGUGUGGUUGAAGCUGUGGUAGGGAAUCCGAAAAUUUAUAGCGGGCGUUGGAUUACGGUCAAGGGGAAGGAUGUUAGGUUUGCAGGGAGUGGAAAGGAGGAUGGGGGAUGGUUCGAAGGGCAUGGAGAGCAAUGGUGGUCGAUGGCGGGUAAUGAUAAUAAUACUUAUCGGCCUCAUUUCUUCAGCUUCUCGGUCACGAAUUUGAAGAUUGAGAAUAUCAAAGUUUUGAAGCCGGUGGCGUGGGUGUUUUCUAUUGGGGGAAGCAAUGUGGAGAUGAGGAAUACGUUCAUAGAUGCGAGGUCUAGUGAUGGGUUUCCUUUCAAUACGGACGGGAUUGAUCUCUCCGCAUCAAACGUUCUCAUCGACACCUUCGAAAUCCACAACGGCGACGACAUGAUCAACGUCUCUCCAUCAGCCUCCAACGUCACAGUCCGCAACAUCAUCGCGUCCGGAACCCACGGCGUCUCCGCAUCCUGUUCCUCUGGCUCGGGAGGCAACUACUUGUUCGAAAACGCCUUGAUCUAUGAUUCAUUAAUGGGCGCCAGAUUCAAAGGCGUCUUGGGUACAACGUGUAACAUGACGAAUGUCACUUGGAGAAAUUUUGAGAUGAGGAAUGUUAGCUAUCCGAUUCAUUUUACGGAAACGUAUCAGGAUCAGGAGAAGCCGGUUACGGGGGCAGCGACUAGGAUUGCAGCUUUUACGAAGGGGUUUACUUGGGAGAAUAUCACGGGGACGACGGCUGAUGUUAUUGGUGAUGGGAGUUGUGUGACAGAUCCUUGUUGGUAUGCUAGUCUUGAUCAAAAUCCGGACAAGGGAUUGUAUUUGCUGUGUCAAGAUCAUGCUCAUUGUCAGGAUUUUCACUUCUCGGGAAUCGACUUGAGAACGUCGAGUGGAAAGCCAGCUUCGGAGGAAUGUACUGGAUUGAAUGGAAUCACUGGAAUGGGUAUUACUUGUACGAACAGCACAAUUACUCGAGACUAG